GUUAGAAUGUCUGUAUCCCGAGUAUGUAUUGGAUUGUUAAGACCAGCGACCAGGCUGGUCAGAGCAGAGGCCAGACUCUCAUCAGCCUUUAUUAAAUGCAACCAGGUUGAGCAUAGAGAAAGGUUCUCAGUUCCUGCUCCUACCUUUAAUCUAUCCUUGAGAAACUACAGCUCGAAGGAACCAAUGAAUCUUAAAAGCAUUGCAGAAAGGGUUAUCCUUGUAUUAAACCUGUAUGAUAAAGUGGACCCGGAGAAGCUUACACUUGAAUCCCAUUUCUUUAAGGAUCUUGGACUAGACUCCCUGGAUCAUGUUGAGGUUAUUUUGUCAAUGGAGGAUGAGUUUGGAUUUGAGAUCCCUGACGAUCAUGGAGAGAAGCUUCUAACCCCUGCACAGAUCGUCCGCUACGUCGCUGAUCAUGAAGAUAUCUAUCAUUAAUCUGACCCCCUCUCUCCGCGGAAAAAAAAGUUGUUAAAAGAUUAUAAAUCCAUUCUUUUGUAACCGUAGUCAAUAUAAGAUAUCAAUCUCGGCAUUAAAUCUUAAUCUGAUAUUUGGUUCAGAUCAAGUAUUUAUAUAUUUCAGAA